CGGGCCCCCCGCCCCCGUUAUGGAGUACUUCAUGGUGCCAGCCCCCAAGGUGCCGGCCCUGCAGCACUUCAGGAAAUCCGAGAAGGAGGUCAUCGGCGGGCUCUGCAGCUUGGCCAACAUCCCGUUGACUCCGGAGACCCAGCGGGACCAGGAGCGGCGGAUACGCAGGGAAAUCGCCAACAGCAACGAGAGACGGCGGAUGCAGAGCAUCAAUGCUGGCUUCCAGUCCCUGAAAACCCUCAUCCCACACACGGAUGGGGAGAAGCUCAGCAAGGCAGCCAUCCUCCAGCAGACGGCCGAGUACAUCUUCUCCCUGGAGCAGGAAAAGACUCGGCUACUGCAGCAGAACACCCAGCUCAAGCGGUUCAUCCAGGAAUUCAGUGGCUCCUCCCCGAAACGGCGACGGGCAGAGGACAAAGACGAGGGGAUCGGCUCACCGGACAUCUGGGAAGAUGAGAAGGCCGAGGAUCUGCGUCGGGAAAUGAUCGAGCUCCGGCAGCAGCUCGACAAGGAGCGCUCGGUCCGCAUGAUGCUGGAGGAGCAGGUUCGCUCCCUGGAGGCCCACAUGUACCCCGAGAAGCUGAAGGUGAUUGCUCAGCAGGUGCAGCUCCAGCAGCAGCAGGAACAGGUGAGGUUGCUGCACCAGGAGAAGCUCGAGCGUGAGCAGCAGAUCCGAACCCAGCUCCUGCCAUCACAUGCUCCCCCAGCGCCCACCCACCACCCCACCGUGAUCGUUCCAGCGCCGCCUCCCUCCCAUCAUGUCACCGUGGUCACCAUGGGCCCAUCCUCGGUCAUCAACACGGUCUCCACGUCCCGGCAAAACCUGGACACCAUCGUUCAGGCGAUCCAGCACAUCGAGGGGACACAAGAGAAGCAGCUGCAGGAAGAGGAGCAGAGACGCGCCGUCAUCGUCACGCCAGCGCGCGCCUGCCCCGAGCCCUCCGCCUCCGACACCGCCUCUGACACCGAGGGCAACGACAGUGACUCCAUGGACCAGAGCAAAGAGGAGCCCUCGGGGGACGGGGAGCUGCCCUGA